UUUUGGGCCUUUUAUUUGAUUGAAUUUUCUUCGGGUAGGGUUUUCUCGUCAUUGAUAUUAUAACUUUUUCGAGGAAAAAAGAACGAUCGUUUGUCGAGAAACAAACAAAUUGCUAAGCAAGUCGCAUUACAGUGUGGUUUCGUAGGAGGAGAUGGCGUCUUCUUCGCAUCAUGUUGAGUUGGAGGCCGCAAAGUUUCUGCACAAACUCAUUCAAGAUUCUAAAGAUGAGCCAGUGAAGCUAGCAACUAAACUUCAUGUGAUAUUGCAACAUAUGAAAGCUAGUGGAAAGGAGCAUUCAAUGCCGUUUCAAGUAAUAUCAAGGGCAAUGGAGACUGUUAUCAAUCAACAUGGUCUUGAUCUUGAAGCUUUGAAGUCAUCUCGGCUUCCUCCAACAGCGGGACCGCAAACAUUAGAUGCUACAUCUGGACAAUAUUCUGGAUCUUCCCAGGGUGUUGCAGUUCCAAAGGAUUCUAAAGCAGGAUUGGCCCAAAUUGAGAUGCCUAAAUUUGAUCCAUUUUCAUCCGGCAGGCAGCCUGUUGGUCCAAGCAUUGCUGGACAUGACUACUAUCAAGGAGCUGGAACUCACAGGAGUAGUCAGUCUUUGGAUCAUGAAAGUCCAUCUAGUUUGGACACUCGGUCUGCUAACUCACAAUCCCAAGAAAAACAAAUGAGUCAAAAUGAUAAUAAAAAGGCUGCAUCUAAGCGAAAGAGGGGUGAUCCAAUGGAACCAAAAUUUGACACUUCCCAGCAACUUGAUUCUAGUAAUGCUCCGAUUGAUCCAAGGAAAGGGAAGAUGAAUAAGGCUGAACCAUCUGGCUCUAGUAACUACAACAUGGUCCAAAGUAGUGUCCAAAUGGAGCAUUUUCCAUCUUUACCUGGUAAUAUCAGAUCAGUGCUUAGGGGAAGACAGGAUGGUCAGAAUGUUACAGAAAACCUAGUGGAUUCAACUAGCAAUUUGAUGUCACAUGCUCCUAGUUCAAAGUAUCCUGAAGAAGUGGAAGAUUCUUCCACUCAAAAUGCACCUGGGCUGCAGCAAGAGGGACUACUUGGUGCACAUGAAAACUUUCCCUCCGGGGGUGGUGUAUGGAACCAAAACAAGGCUGGGUUAGCCUUUGAUAGAUCUCAACUUCACAGGUUUUCUCCAAAUGUUGUUUCUGGCAACAUGACAGCUGAAAUUUCGUCUCAUCAGUCAAUGCAUGCAUCAUUUGUACCAGGUGCUUUUGGGAAGGUUCAAGGACUGUUGCCUGCCACAUCUAUUUCAUAUCCUGCAGGUGAGCUACCGUCCUCAGGCCCAGGCCAAUUUAGUAGCUCUGAGUGUCAGAAGCAUGGAUUAUCCAAAGGUUCUGUAGCAAGUCCUGAUGGGUUGUCCACAACACUUUCUGCUGGAAAAGUCUUGGAACAUGAUGGAGGAAGUUCAAAUAUGUUGGCAGAAGCAAAUAAGGCAGCUCAGGUUGGCAGGCAAAAUAUGGCUUCUGAGAUGACCAUGGUUAGAGCCACAACUCCAAGAGAUAUGGGAAAAUCUCCUGUCUCCCAAUCUUCCACUUCCUCUGGCAUGCCCUUCAAGGAACAACAAUUGAAACAGCUUAGAGCCCAGUGCCUUGUUUUUUUAGCUUUCAGAAAUGGUUUGAUGCCCAAAAAGCUGCAUCUUGAAAUUGCGCUUGGAAACAUAUUUCCCAAAGAAGCUGGCAAUACAGAUGGCCCUCACAAAGAAUUGAAUGAAUAUGGAGGGAAAUCACAAACUUCCAAUGAGCCAGGUAGCAUAUCUGAAGUUGCAAUGCCAUUUGGAAGGAUGAAUAAUACACCUCCAGGUUUCACAUCUACUGGAAGAUUCCCUGAGGCUGAUUCAUUGUCAAAAGAAGCUGAAACAUUGAAAGUGGAGGAGAGUAAUGGCCCAACUUUCGAUCUUUCAGCAAUUGUGGACGAAAGGAAACAAAUUCUAGCUAGAAGGAAUGCAGAGCCUGAAAUUCACAGCUAUGAGACAGUGGGGCCACAGGCAUAUUUAACUAGACAGCCUGACUCUGCUACUGUGAACCCUGAAAUGAUGGGCUGGUCUGGAAUUGGCAGUCAUAAUGAGGUUUCCAGGGCAUCUUUGCCAGCCGCCGCUGUCCAGCAUGAUUUGGUGCUAGAGAGAAAAGAUUCUGAUUCUCAGUUUCAAAGUCCUGAGCAAGACGAGGAAGAUAAAUCUGUAUCAACUGAGCCUUUGCCUUCUCCAAAGCACACUAUGUCAGAGAAAUGGAUUAUGGAUCAGCGAAGACGGAAGCUAUUAGCUGAGCAGCAGUGGGUUCUAAAACAGCACAAAACCAAGCAGAGAAUGAUUACUUGUUUCACCAAGUUAAAGGAAACUGUGAGCUCAUCCGAAGAUAUAUCUGCAAAAACCAAAAGUGUUAUAGAAUUGAAGAAACUCCAAUUAUUAGAGCUCCAACGCCAUCUGCGGAGUGGUUUCCUGAAUGAUUUUUUCAAACCAAUUACAAAUGAUAUGGAACGCCUCAAAUCAUACAAGAAACAUAGACAUGGUAGAAGGAUAAAACAACUUGAAAAAUAUGAGCAGAGAAUGAAAGAAGAGCGGCAAAAGAGAAUUCGUGAGAGGCAGAAGGAGUUUUUCAGUGAGAUAGAAGUUCACAAGGAAAGGCUGGAUGACGUGUUCAAAAUUCGGAGAGAACGCUGGAAAGGCUUCAAUAAAUAUGUGAAGGAGUUCCAUAAGAGAAAGGAGCGUAUACAUCGUGAGAAGAUCGACAGAAUCCAGCGUGAGAAGAUUAACUUGCUCAAAAUCAAUGAUGUGGAAGGUUAUUUGCGAAUGGUUCAGGAUGCUAAAUCAGAUCGUGUUAAGCAAUUAUUGAAAGAAACUGAGAAAUAUCUUCAGAAACUUGGAUCCAAGUUACAGGAUGCCAAGGCUAUGGGAAGUCGCUUUGGGAAUGAUAUGACUGAGAUGCGAACUGCAAGUGUUUUUGAGAAUGAUACUGCUGUUGAGAAUGAAGAUGAGGCUAAGCAUUAUGUGGAAAGCAAUGAAAAGUACUACUUGAUGGCUCAUAGCAUAAAAGAAAACAUCAAUGACCAACCAACUUUUCUUAAGGGUGGAAAAUUAAGAGAGUACCAGAUGAAUGGUCUUAGAUGGCUGGUUUCACUAUACAAUAAUCAUCUUAAUGGAAUUCUUGCAGAUGAAAUGGGUCUUGGGAAGACUGUUCAGGUUAUUUCUCUUAUUUGUUACCUAAUGGAAACCAAAAACGAUAGAGGACCAUUUUUAGUGGUUGUUCCAUCCUCAGUUCUGCCUGGAUGGGAGACAGAAAUAAAUUUCUGGGCACCUGAUCUACGCAAAAUUGUUUACUCUGGGCCCCCAGAGGAGAGGCGUAAAUUAUUCAAGGAGAGGAUUGUACAUCAGAAAUUUAACGUCCUCCUGACAACAUAUGAGUAUCUAAUGAACAAGCAUGAUAGACCAAAGCUAAGCAAAAUUCACUGGCACUAUAUUAUAAUUGAUGAAGGUCAUCGGAUAAAAAAUGCUUCUUGCAAGUUGAAUGCAGACUUAAAGCACUAUCAGAGCUCUCACAGAUUGCUGUUGACUGGAACACCAUUACAGAACAAUCUUGAGGAGUUGUGGGCACUACUCAAUUUCUUAUUGCCUAAUAUAUUUAAUUCAUCAGAAGAUUUUUCUCAGUGGUUCAAUAAACCAUUUGAGAGCAAUGGGGAUAAUUCUGCUGAUGAAGCCUUACUCUCUGAGGAAGAAAAUUUGUUGAUCAUAAAUCGUCUUCACCAAGUUCUCCGACCUUUUGUGCUUCGGAGGCUGAAGCAUAAGGUUGAAAAUGAGCUUCCUGAGAAGAUUGAGAGACUUGUCAGAUGUGAAGCUUCUGCUUAUCAAAAGCUUUUGAUGAAGAGGAUUGAAGAAAAUCUUGGUGCAAUUGGAAAUUCAAAGGCUCGAUCAGUGCACAACUCUGUUAUGGAGCUCCGUAAUAUAUGCAAUCAUCCAUACCUCAGCCACCUUCACGUGGAGGAGGUUGAUAGUUUGAUACCACAACAUUAUUUGCCCCCAAUCAUUAGGCUUUGUGGCAAGCUUGAGAUGCUGGAUCGAAUACUCCCCAAGUUGAAGGCAACUGACCAUCGGGUUCUUUUCUUUUCCACAAUGACUAGGCUACUUGAUGUGAUGGAAGACUACCUCACCUUUAAACAGUAUCGCUAUCUUCGGUUGGAUGGCCAUACAGCUGGGAAUGAUCGUGGUGCGCUUAUUGAUAAGUUUAAUCAACAAGAUUCCCCCUUUUUCAUAUUUUUGCUCAGUAUUCGAGCUGGUGGUGUUGGAGUCAAUCUUCAAGCUGCUGAUACUGUGAUCAUAUUUGACACUGACUGGAACCCACAGGUUGACCUGCAAGCACAAGCAAGAGCUCAUAGGCUUGGCCAGAAGAAGGAUGUACUUGUUUUACGUUUUGAAACAGUUCAAACUGUUGAAGAACAAGUCAGAGCUUCUGCUGAACACAAAUUGGGAGUUGCUAAUCAGAGUAUCACUGCCGGUUUCUUCGAUAAUAAUACAAGUGCUGAAGAUCGUAGGGAGUAUUUAGAGUCCCUCCUGCGGGAGUGUAAGAAAGAGGAAGUUGCUCCAGUGUUGGAUGAUGAUGCUCUAAAUGAUCUUUUGGCCCGCAGUGAGUCUGAGAUUGAUGUGUUUGAAUCGGUUGAUACACAAAGGCGGGAAGAAGAGACGGCAAAGUGGAAAAAGUUGGUAUGUGGAUCAGAGAUGGAUUGCUCUAAGCCUCUACCACCAUUACCACCUCGCCUUGUUACAGAUGAUGACUUGAAGGAAUUUUAUGAAGCAAUGAAAUUGUAUGAUACACCAAAGACUGAGUUACAGCCUAAUAAUAUUGGGUCAAAACGGAAAGGAUCUCUUGGUGGUCUUGAUACGCAGCAAUAUGGGAGGGGCAAAAGACAAAGAGAGGUGCGCUCAUAUGAAGAGCAAUGGACAGAGGAGCAGUUUGAAAAAAUGUGUCAAGUUGACUCACCUGAAUCCCCCAAACCGAAUGAAGAAGCUGUUGAGAGGAACAUGCCAAAAGAUGCUUCAAGGGGGACUGUCAGUAACACACAAUCUCCAGCUCCACUUCCUCCACUACCACAACCACCUGCGGUGGAGCCUGCACAUCAGCCACUGCAGCAGAACAAAGAUGCAGCACCACCACCUAAACGGGGACGUGGAAGGCCAAGAAGAGUACCAGUAGAGAAAUCUCCCACUACGCCAGUGUUUUCAACACCUUCUGAGACCAGUAAAGUGGAUGUUGGGUUACAAAAAGCAGCAGGCUCUAGCUCAUCAGUAUCUACUGCUCCUGAUCCUCCUAAUACUUCAGGAGUUUCUCCGAACUUGCAGCCAAGAAUACCUUCUGUUUCUAUUACACCUGUUGAAUCUAGCCCACCUGGGUUCUCUUCACCAGUGCAAUUAAAAGGACAAGGUCAAAAGGCUCAAAGUGGUGGACAAGCACCUCGUCGAAGGGCAAAGAAACAAGAGCCUGCGUCCAUCCCUGCUGCCGAUGGUUUAGCUAGUCCAGGUCCAGAAUCAAAUGAGCAAUCUCAAAUUAAAUUAGUUAAUCCACCUGAUAAUCAAGCUGUUGCUAUAAGUGGAAUUGUUCCCAGUGCCUCCAAUGUUCCCAUGACCAAGUGCACCAAUCUUUUACCCAUUUCUCCUGGUAUGGAUAGUACUAGUGUAACCAAUCAUCCUUCUGAUGCAGGGGUUAGUUUGAACUCUCAGUCACUUACUACUUCUGGUGCCCCAAUGGCUCAAUCAGCUCCAUGCCCUACAAUACCUGUCCAAGUUAAAGGCCAAGGCCGUAAGGCUCAGAGUGGGGUAGGGACACCUCGGCGUACAGGAAAGAAACUGGCACAAAUAUCAGCUGCCGCUCAGGAUGUUUUGGUUGGUCAGGAUUCAAAAUUGAAUACUCAAGCACAGGAUCAAUCUGCAGCUGCAUCACCAAAUAAAGUCAUUCCAAUCAGAAGCAAUCAAGAAUAUGAUGCUGCUUCCCCAACAAAGGUUAUUCAAGAGCAAGCACAGGGAACUAAUGCACCUGCUGUAGUAACUGGUCAUAACCAACAUUCUGCUGAACAUGACAAUUUAUCUCAAAGCAAGCGAUCAGAGAGCUCACCGGAAGUACCUAAUGCUAAUGCCGUAACUCUUGGGCCUGCUGUGGGACAAAUUCAAAAUGCUGAUGCUCGUGACAAGGUUUCUGUUAUUGCAGAAGUUUCACCUGUUAUCCCUGUAUCAAGUCAGACCGCAGUUGAAUUGGUAAAGAACCAGAUUGCAGCACAUAAAGCUUAUACAACAAUGUCAACUGUGAAAACAUCUUCAGUUGGUAGUGCUAUGACAGAUAAUUUGCCUUCAUCAAAUCCUCUAGAAGGUGGCAAUAAAACCAUUCCUAGUCCUGGUGCAAAGACUGCUUCGAGCUCUCUGCCUUUUCCAACUAAUGCUUCUGUUUCUUCAGCACCACAGUCUGCCGAUUCUAGUCCUGCUGAAUCUGUUCAAAGCAAAAGGCCAGGUCCCAAGAACACGAACAGGACAGAAGCACCUAGGCGUAGAGGAAGGAGACCUGCUAUUCCUGAUGCUUCAUCUGGCCAAGACUUGAAAUUAAAUUCGUUGCCCUCGAAUAAAUCAAGGGAAUAUUUGGUCAAUAAAGUUACUGCAGGGAAGAGCAAUCAAGAUUCGGGUCCUCAUGAACUGGUAAAUGUCACUCCCGUACAUGCACCUGAAGUUCUUUCUCCGGGUGCUUCUGUUGGUCAUGAUUCAAAGAGAAAAGUGACUAGUGCAAUUCCAGCAUAUAGUCGAAUACAGACUGCUGAUGUUAAUGAUGUUGCCCGAGUGAUGAAGGAAAUUUUCUCUGAAACCUCAUCAAAAACCAAAGCUGGUGAAACUUGUGGGAGCGAGGGCAGGAAUACUCCUACUGCACCCGCACCCUUAUUGAACCAGACACCGGAUGUGUCAGAUGAAAAUAGUUUAGAUGGUAAAUCAGCUGUCUGCACACCAGCUCGUGAACAAGCUGCUCCAGCUUGUGAACAAGCUGCUCCAGCUUGUGAUGUUCCCAAAGAAGAAAGUAAAAAGCUAUCUGUUACUGAAGCUGAUGCUAAAGAACCGGAAAAAAAUGCAACUCUUGUGGUCGAGGCCUCUGUUCAGGGGGCUGAUUCUUUGAAACCUGAAUGCAAGACCCAUACUGGCUCGGAGAAUGUUGCAAGUUCAGGACAGGUUCCAGAUGAAAAUUUAAUUACAGAUUGUAAUAUGGAGGUUGAUAUUACAUGCCCUCAGAAAGCCGGUGGCAAUCAAGAUGUGUCUAAAGGAACUCCUGCUUCUGGUGGUGAUCAAACAGGUUCUGGAGUUCAACCCAAGUCUCCCAGUCCAACGGAACUGCCUCGAACCGGUGAAAGUGCUAAGAGUGAUUGUGUUGAAGUUCGUGAUAAAGAAGUUAGGCCCUCAGAAGCAUCAUCAUCCGAGACAGCUAUGCAACCUUUGGAAACAGCAGUUCCUGUUUCUGAUAUCUCACAAGACAAGAGUAUUGAACAGUCCCGGUCAGAAGCAGAUGCAAGCGAGUCAGAGGAGAAAUCAGUGGCUGCUACUGGCCCUGAUAACAUUCCAGAUUCCAGCCAGCUUUCUUGCGAAACCACAAUCACUGAGAGUGGCAAGGAGGCUAAGGGAGAUGGCACUGACCCUAUUGUUGAGCCCUCUAGCAAUCAAUUAGAAUUAUCUGCGGCAUCUCCUACUAAGGUAGAAUCUGAUCAGUUGAAUCAGAAUAGUUCUGAAAAUGAAACAGCGAUCUCUUCAGAAGACUCUCUGGAAACGACUCGUGGUGUUAGUAAGCUUGAAUCUGCCGUAGAGUGUACAAAUGGCAGUCAGGGCAAAGAAACAAACCCCACAGGAACAGAACUUCAUUCACCCCAGCUGGAACAUGUUGCCAAAGCUCCAUAGCUAGCCUAAGGUUGAUAGUUUUGAUGUCUCCUAAUCUGAUUCAUCAUAUUCCCUCGAUCGAUAAGCUCUGAAGUUCUUUUUUCUAAUCAAGAACUCAUUUUUAUUGUUCAGAGUAUUAUAGGAUCGAAAAUUUUACCCUUUUAUUCAGGUUCUGUAUGCAGAUUGAAUGAUGAUUGCAGCCUUGCAAGGCUCGAUGAUGGCCGUUAUAUAUUUUUUAUUUGACAGGGUUUGUUGAAGAGCUUACUUAUGAGAUAGAUCGCGUUGCAUUAAUGGCGGAUAAAUGGUCGCUUGGCUGGGCUCGACUGCAAUGCAGUUGAGGCAAAAAGCGGGUCAUUAUUAGGCUUUGCUAUGGUAGAAGCAUGUUCCUGUCAUGGAUUUGAGGCAAUGUUGGGGGAUUGUUUACCAUAUCCUGGUCGUAAAGAUAUAUUGGCCAUGUGUGUUUUAUUUAAUCAAACUAUAAUAUUUCAACAUUCACAUGAUUAGUUUAUUUAUAUACAAGGGAAAAAAAUUAAAUUGAUGUGGAGGAUAUUGUUAAUGCCUUAAAAUUAUGAAUCCAAAAUCCUUUGAAGUUCCAAAUUUCUACAA